UUUCAACUGAGAAAAUUAUCACUCACUUUGUGAUCCAUCAGCAAAAUGUUCCUCUUCACUUUGGUGCUCGUGGUGCUGUUUCUACCGGAAGCUGACAACCUGAAAUGUAAAUGUGAACCUGGCCGCUAUGGAACUUGCGCUCAGGAAACAACUGAAUGUUCCUCACAGAACUAUAGUUGUUUAGUAGCAACAGAAGUCACACUUGUAGGUGGUGCAAAGUCUGAGCACAACUCCAAAGGUUGCAUUAUGUCUGAACUGUGUCUUAAUUACUCUGUCAACAUUGGAGCUCACAGAAUUGUACAAAACAGCAAAUGCUGCAGUGAAGAUCUCUGCAACGCCCAGAUUAACUACACAAAACCUGAUUCCACUAUAAAUGGAAAAAAGUGCUACAGCUGUGAUGAAGAAAACUGCAUGAAAACCAUUAACUGUGCAGGGGAUGAAAACUACUGCAUUAAAGUAACAGGACAUAAACAAGGAGUAAGUUUCAUGACGAAGGGAUGUGGCUCUCAGUCGGCGUGCUCAGAUAAUUUUUCUUCAAUGUUGAAUCAGUUAACUUUACGGUUAACUGGAUUCUUCACUCGAGCAAAGAUUAGCUGCUGCCAGGGCAACUACUGCAACAGCGCCAGCAGCACCAGUCCCACCCUGCUGCUCCUGUUGGUGCCUCUGUUGUUUUCUAACUUUUUUUCUUAGCUCACAGAAGCUACUGAAUUGCUGCCAUGUUUUCCUUUUCAUCACAAUUCAUUUUAUAAACCUGUUCUUUUUAUUUGAUUCUAUAGCUUGGUUAGCUAAGCAACAUGUUAUAAUCAACAACAUCCUCUAUACUUUGUUGUUCUAUACUAAAAUAAUCUUCCUCAAUAAACACAAUUUUUUUUUAUUCUGGGUCCAGUACCGAUCUGAUUCUAAAUGUUUAGUUUUGAAAAAAUAAAAUGACUUGAAGUUAUAGAUGUGGAAUAAACAUGUUUCAUUUUCUUUGAUUUAAUAUUAAAACUUGUUUUAAUUAAAAGCUUUCAGAGCCCAAGAUUGUAGAGUUUGAAUGGAAAACUAACCAACAUGAAUGUAAAAUUAAACCUGGAGAGACUCAUACAGAGAGAAAGUAGCUGUCUUACUUUCUUAGCUGAUAGAAAUAAUUGCAUUGCUACCAGGUUUUCUUUUUAUGCAUAAUUCAUUUAAUAAAUCUGUUCUUUUUCUUUUCAUUGAUUCUCUAUAAAUUCACUAAGAUAAGACCAAGCACAAUUCUGUAAACAUCCUCAAUACUUCACUGCUGUUGUGCUCUAAAAACAAAUCCUGCUGAAUAAAUGCAUUAAAAAAUAA